AUGAAAGGCCUAGUGGCCACAGGAUGCCUCAUUGCGAGUGCCAGUGCUGCGGCAUUGGCAACUCGUGAUGCAGCUUCCUGCCCUGGCUACAAAGCAUCUAAUGUAAAAACAAGCGCGGGGAGCAUUGUCAGUGCCGAUCUCACUCUAGCGGGAGCUGCUUGCAAUGUGUAUGGCACGGAUUUGGACAAUUUAGUACUGCAAGUUGAAUACGAGACUGAAACGCGCCUUCAUGUCAAGAUCUACGACGCAGCCGAGCAGGUCUACCAAGUGCCCACCUCCGUUCUACCACGACCAGUUAGCUCAAACAUCAAGCCGGCAAAGUCUGACUUGAAGGUUACAAUCGUAAACAGUCCCUUCUCAUUCAAAGUAACCCGCAAGUCCAAUGGCGAGGUGCUUUUCGAUACAGCUGGACAGCCCUUGAUUUUUGAAUCUCAAUACCUUGGACUGCGCACCAGUCUUCCUGAAAACCCUUACCUUUAUGGCCUGGGUGAAAGCACCGAUCCUUUUCCACUGCCAACAAACAACUACUCUCGUACCCUUUGGUCUCGCGAUGCUUACUUGACUCCCCAAUACACCAACUUGUACGGAAACCAUCCGAUAUACUUCGACCAUCGUGGAUCCAAGGGUACUCAUGGUGUGUUUCUCUUGAACAGCAAUGGAAUGGACAUCAAGAUCAACCAAGAUAAAAAUGGUCAAUAUUUGGAGUAUAACACUCUAGGAGGUGUUUUGGACUUUUAUUUCCUAGCUGGCUCAACUCCGAAGGAUGUUGCCAUUCAAUAUUCCGAGACUGUCGGCAAGGCAGUCAUGAUGCCGUACUGGGGAUUUGGUUUCCACAAUUGCAGAUACGGAUACCAGGAUGUCUUUGAGGUUGCCGAAAUUAUCGCCAACUACAGUGCUGCCAACAUUCCUCUCGAGACUCAAUGGACUGACAUUGAUUACAUGGACUUGCGAAAAGUGUUCACCCUCGACCCAUUGAGAUACCCCGUCGACCUCGUCCGCCAGAUUGUGUCUUAUCUUCAUGAACAUGAUCAACAUUACAUCGUGAUGGUUGACCCUGCAGUGGCUUACCAGGAUUAUGCCCCAUUCAACGAUGGUGUCGACGCCGGUGCCUUCUUGACUGUCUCCAAUGGAUCUGUGUAUCAAGGCGUGGUCUGGCCUGGUGUUGCUGCAUUCCCUGACUGGUUCGCAUCAAACACGCAGUCUUACUGGAACAAUCAAUUUUCAACCUUCUUCAGUCCCGAUAAUGGUGUCGAUAUUGACGCCCUCUGGAUUGACAUGAACGAAGCUUCUAACUUUUGUACAUAUCCUUGCUCUGAUCCCGCUGCAUUUGCUCAGUCUGCCGGUGAUCCUCCUGCCCCUCCGGCAGUACGCAUUUCUUCUCCUCGGCCUAUUGCCGGCUUCGGACCUGACUUCCAACCCCAAUGUGUUGCUAACGUGAAUUUUACCGUGUAUGCAGAGACAUACUAUGGCGAAAACAUCUAUGUUCUUGGAAACUCUCCUACUCUUGGAGAUGGAGUUGUUUCUGGAGCUGUGGCAAUGAGCGCCAAUAACUACCCAGAGUGGCAGCUUACCGUGCAGAUGCCCGCCAACAGCACUUUCUCAUAUGAAUAUGUUCGCAAGGAGAGCGACGGUAGCUGGAUAUAUGAGAAGAGCAACCGAACCAUCACUACGGGUGACUGCAACACUGGACUACAAUCUGUUUCAGAUACCAUUACUACCAGCUCAGGAGCUCAAAAGAGAGGAAUCUCACCUGUCCCUCUUGUUCGCUCACCGGUUGCUGCUGCAUUACAGAAACGAGAUGGUUCCAUGCUUGGUCUUCCUGGUCGGGAUUUGGUCAACCCUAAGUACAACAUCAACGACACCGCUGGUUCUAUCAGCAACUUGACCAUUCAAACCGAUCUCAUUCAUGAAAAUGGUCUUGCUGAAUACGAUACUCACAACAUGUACGGCACUAUGAUGAGCGCUACCAGCCGAAAUGCCAUGCUUAAUCGUAGACCUACCGUCCGCCCUCUUGUGAUUACUCGGUCCACCUUUGCCGGUGCUGGCCGUCAGGUCGGCCAUUGGCUUGGUGACAACCACGCGGACUGGGACCACUAUCGCUGGACAAUUGCAGAACUCCAAGAAUUCGCUGCUAUCUAUCAAGUUCCUAUGGUUGGAAGUGAUAUUUGUGGCUAUGACGGAACGACUACUGAUGAGUUGUGUUCUCGCUGGGUUUUCCUUGGUGCAUUCUCACCAUUCUUCCGUGAUCACUCGGACAACACUUCGCCUCCACAUGAACUUUACCGAACUGAAGCUAUUGCUCAGGCUGCACGUGCUGCCAUCGACAUCCGUUACCGACUGUUGGAUUAUGCCUACACGGCGCUGUGGACACAGACACAGACUGGCUCSCCCAUGAUUAAUCCUAUGUUCUUCGAGUACCCUUCUGAUCUCAAUACCGCGACACUUCCUUACCAAUUCUUCUGGGGUGACAGCAUUCUCGUAGCACCUGUGACUGACGAGAACUCGACGUCUGUGUCAGUCUACUUCCCUAAGGAUACAUUCUACGACUUCUACACCGGAAAGCCCGUGACAGGAAAUGGAGCAGCAGUUACCUUGAAUAAUAUCGCCUUUGAUAGCAUUCCUUUAUACUACAAGGGCGGUAGUAUCAUCCCUCAGAGAAUUGCUUCUGCCAAUACAACUGCUUUGUUGCGUCAGCAAAAUUUUGAGAUUGUCAUUGCACCCAAUACUUUUGGCCAAGCAUCCGGAACUUUGUAUCUGGAUGAUGGAGAUAGCAUCAAUCAGCCGAAGACCUCUGUGAUCAACUUUGAGUACUUAGACGGCCUGUUUUCGAUGACGGGUACAUUCGGCUACGACACUGGCAACGUGGUGAUUAGCCAGAUUACUGUUCUUGGACAGAAUGUACAGAAGCACCCUGUCAACUUGAAGUUGACAGGGGCUCACGUUGGUGUAUACUUAUGA